AUGCAUAUCUCGUCCUCUCUUGUUCGGCUCGCCUGCUUUGGCAUCGCCUCGGCAGGUGUGAUCGACCCGAACUACUUCAGCGAUGAGCCCACCGGACAUGACGUUAGCAUCACCGGAGUAGCCUAUGCUGGCUCGGGAUGUCCCGCCGGCUCCGUGGCUGGACAGCUCGCCACGGACCUGACCACCAUCACUCUUCUGUACGACAGCUUCGUCGCACAAGCCGGCCCAGGGAUCCAGGCGUCCGAGUACCGGAAGAACUGCCAGCUGAAUGUCAAGCUCCAGUAUCCGCAGGGCUGGCAGUUCUCUGUCUUCAAGUCCGACUACCGCGGCUACGCGCAGGUUCCCGAGGGCGACACGGGCACGGUCAAGUCCACUUACUACUUCUCUGGAGACUCGAAGCAGACGUCUACAACCACGGUGAUCAAGGGGCCCUACGACGACAACUAUCUCAAGACGGAUCAACUAGACGUCCAAACCACUGUAUGGUCGCCGUGCGGCAAGGAAGGUCUCCUCAACAUCAAUUCCGAAGUCAGACUCUCCCCUCCGGAUGCGACGCAGAAUGCCCUCCUCACAGUCGACUCCACCGAUCUAAAGUUUACCCAAAUUCACUUCCUUCAAUGGCAGAAGUGCGACGCUUGA